ACUCCAAAGAGGAGAUAUCCAUUUACUAUUUAUAUUUUUUAAAACGUGUAUGAUAGGGUUUUUAAGGAACGAGGAUUGUUUAUAAUUUUCCUGGGGUUUGCAAAUGUCAUCGUUGAGAGUGAAGCCAUCACUCUUAUCGCAAUCUUCGUCUGCUCCGCCGGUCCUCGUCUCAUGCCGAACUGAUCCGCUGUGUUCUUCGAUCAGCUUACCAAGAAAGAUAUUUAUCAGUGGAAGAAGAUUCGCUUUGAGAGCUCAAACCAACAGCAGCGACAACACUUCUAACGCUAAGGAUUCCAAACCCCCUAAUGGCAGUUUGCAGAAAAAGAGCAGAAGGGAUAUAUUGCUGGAAUAUGUCAAAAAUAUACAACCAGAAUUCAUGGAGUUGUUCGUGAAAAGGGCACCCCAACAGGUAGUCGAUGCUAUGCGCCAAACAGUAACAAAUAUGAUUGGAACACUACCCCCACAAUUUUUUGCAGUAACAGUGACGACUGUUGCUGAAAAUCUUGCACAGCUCAUGUACAGCGUUCUGAUGACUGGAUAUAUGUUUAGGAAUGCGCAAUACCGGUUGGAACUGCAACAAAGCUUAGAACAAGUUGCUCUUCCAGAGGUACAAGAUAAAAAGGAAGGUCCAGAUUAUGCACCGGGUGCCCAAAAGAAAGUGUCAGGCGAAGUUAUCAGGUGGAAUAAUGUUUCUGGUCCUGAGAGAAUAGAUGCAGUAAAAUACAUUGAGUUACUUGAAGCAGAAAUAGAGGAACUGAAUCGUCAAGUAGGGCGAAAAUCUGUGAAUGGAGAGAAUGAAUUGUUGGAAUAUCUGAAGUCGCUUGAGCCCCAAAAUCUUAAGGAGUUGACAAGUAGUGCUGGAGAGGAUGUUGUGCUGGCAAUGAACACAUUCAUAAAACGGCUCUUGGCAGUUUCAGAUCCUGGUCAAAUGAAGACAAGUGCAACGGAAACAAGUGCGCCUGAACUUGGCAAGCUGCUUUAUUGGUUGAUGGUAGUUGGAUACGGAAUUCGCAACAUUGAAGUUCGUUUUGAUAUGGAACGUGUACUCGGUACACCUACAAAGCUUGCAGAAUUACCUCCAGGUGAGAACAUUUAGGCACUGUGCAAGGAACUCACACUAUUGAAAGGAACGUUGAAGUUGGUAAUGUUUUCGGUUGGAGCAUCUUAACUGUGUUCUGGGCUAUAUUUCGAUAUUUGUUGUUACAUCUGAAGGUAGCCAAAGACUGCAUCAUUGGAUGACAGAAUGCUGGAGGGAACACAAUUUUUGAUGACUGGCUACAAAUUGAUGUCUUAGAAUUAUUGAGGAAAAAUGUAUGUUGAAUAUUGUGACCAGAUCCGUCAAUCCUUUCAGCAAUAAUAUAACCAAUCAAUUAUUGUUUA